AUGGCACGAAUAGAAAGGCCAUUGUUCUGUGAGAUUUGCCUGAAAGUUUUUGCUGACCGAAAAUCGUUGGAACAACAUGAAAGUUACCAUAAGCGAGUACAUCUCAUGAUAGAUAACAACGAAAUCGAGUUCACCGAUCCAGAAAUCUUAUUGCCAGAAUCAUGUGACUUUGAUGAGGAAGAUUUACAAGGAGUCCCAGUGAUACAUUAG